AGAUUUGUUUGUACUUCGGUGUUUGGAUGCGGAUCGAACCAAAUCUAGCGGCAGGGCAUAAGGUCGAACAUCUUGCGCUCUGUCCGCUAAGCGUAAGCUCCAACUCUUCGAGCCCAACCUCACCGGCGAUUCCUAAUGCCGAGAGUUGCGAGAGUAGAGUAGGAAAGGCUGGAUCUCCAAGCCUGGAAAAUAUGAGUAUCGUGCCGAAGGAAACCAUUGAGGUUAUCGCGCAGAGCAUAGGCAUCGCCAAUCUCUCCUCUGAUGUUGCCCUCGCCCUUGCCCCCGACGUUGAAUAUCGCCUCCGCGAGAUAAUGCAGGAGGCGAUCAAGUGUAUGCGACACUCGAAACGGACUGUGUUGACGGCGGACGAUGUGGAUAGCGCUCUUAGCCUGAGGAAUGUGGAGCCGCUUUAUGGGUUUGCAACUGGGGAUCCAUUGAGGUUCAAAAGGGCUGUGGGUCAUAAGGAUCUGUUCUACAUUGAUGAUAAAGAUCUAGACUUCAAAGAUGUACAGUUACAUCUGAUUGAAGCACCAUUACCUAAAGCCCCUCUUGAUACUGCUGUGGUGACCCACUGGUUGGCUAUUGAAGGGGUGCAACCUGCAAUUCCAGAAAAUGUUCCUGUUGAUGUAAUUCUUCCUCCACUAGAGAGUAGGAAGUUGGAACAUGGAAAAGAUGAUGGACUACCUGUUGAUAUUAGGCUUCCAGUUAAGCAUGUUCUUUCUAGAGAACUUCAGCUAUACUUUGAUAAGAUAACGGAGCUAACCAUCAGCAAGUCUGAAUCUGCCCUAUUCAAAGAAGCAUUGGCAAGUUUGUCCACUGAUUCGGGGCUCCACCCCUUAGUCCCCUAUUUUUCUUAUUUCAUUGCAGAUGAGGUAUCCCGAAGUUUAAAUGAUCUUUCCAUCCUUUUUGCUUUGAUGCGUGUUGCACGAAGCCUUCUUCGCAAUCCACACAUACACAUUGAGCCUUAUCUUCAUCAGCUGAUGCCUUCGAUGAUAACAUGCAUUGUUGCUAAAAGGUUAGGGAAUAGACUUGCAGAUAAUCAUUGGGAGCUUAGAGAUUUCUCUGCAAACCUGGUUGCUUCUGUUUGUAGAAGAUAUGGCCACGUAUAUCACAAUCUGCAGUCUAGGCUUACAAAAACACUUCUUCAUGCUUUUCUUGACCCUUCUAAAGCUUUGACACAGCAUUACGGUGCCAUUCGAGGGCUCGCUGCCCUAGGUCCCAGUGUGGUACGCCUUCUUAUUUUGCCUAACCUGGAAACAUACCUACAACUUCUAGAACCAGAGAUGUUACUUGAAAAGCAGAAGAAUGAGAUGAAAAGGAAAGAAGCUUGGCAUGUCUAUGGUGCCUUAUUGGGUGCUGCAGGCAAGUGUUUGUAUGAUCGGCUUAAAAUGUUUCCAGGCCUAUUAUCCCGACCAAACCGGUUUACUUGGAAACACAAAGGAAGAAUUGCAACAACUAUGCCAAAUGGUAAUAAAAGGAAGUCAGUUGCAAGCAACCAUCACUCCACACAACAGCCGCCGCUAAAAAAACUCGCCGGCGAUGGUUCUGUCAACUCAAUGCCGGUUAUGCCGGCAAUGUCAAAUGCUCAGUCGGUCGCAGAUGGCUUUGGCAACAAUGCAUUGACCGAUCCCGGCAUAAGGCCGUCGACUUCUACCGGCCGGUUAUCAUCGAAUGAGAGCAUCCCAGGAGGAAGCCGGAGAGAGAUGGGAAAUAGCAGAGCACCAAAAACACAUUCCAUUCUGAGUCAGGCAUGGAAGGAAGAUCUUGAUGCAGGCUAUCUUUUAGCUUCAUUGUUUGAGCUGUUUGGUGAAGCCAUUUUUUCAUUUAUACAGCCAGUAGAAAUGAGUGUAUUUUUAUGAGUGAAAGUGAGGAGUGAGGCUUUAAAGCAAUGGUUGGGAUCUCAAGAGCUACUAUUUAUGCUUUGUGAUGAAUCACUUCAUUUUGAUUAAUAUUUGAUUAGUAUAGUUUGACCUUAGUUUUUUAUUCUUAGAGGACUUAUUUAUGUACAUAAUAUUAAAAGUGUCUUUAUUUAUAAAACUAACAUUAAUGUUAUUUUUUGAACU